CGCUUCAUAAAAUUUUAUAGCAAAUCGUCGUAAAGUAUUGAAAAAGAGGAAUUAUUUUGUCAGUUAUUCGUAUUUUCAUUACUACAUUCUUUACUUAUUAGUCAAAUUAAGAUAUUAUAGUUUAUACUUUAAGUAUAGAAAUGAAGUUCGUGGUAACCGCGUAAGGCUCGGUUUAUUUGUUCACAAAGCGUGAUAAGUGUUGGGAUUUUGUGUUUAUUUUCUGUUAAAAUGCGCUUUGAAUAAUCGUAUACCUUACAAACUACUUUGUUACUGUGUAUGGAUGAUAUUGUGCGUUACGGUUCUGUGAUUUUAAACGUAAAAAUGUGCAAGUGUUAAUUUGUGUACUUCUGACUAAAAUGGGUGAAACAGAAGAAUUUAAUACCCUGGCGUUCGAAAAGAGGUUGAUGCAGCUAAAGGAUACUCAGGAGAGUAUCCAGUCACUUUCCUCCUGGUGUUUGAAGCAGAGGUCCCACCAUAAGAAGAUUGUAUCAAGUUGGUUGAAUGUUUUGAAGAGAGUGAAGGUGGAGCAACGUCUAGUUCUGUUUUACCUAGCGAACGACGUGAUACAGUAUAGUAAACGUAAAAAUUACGAGUUCGUAGAAAGCUGGGGCCUUAAUUUGCAAAAGGCUACUCCGUUGGUCAGGGAUGAAAAAGUUCGACCGAAGAUCCUUCGGAUAUUUAAAAUCUGGGAGCAGAGGUCGGUGUAUGACGAUGAGUUCCUUUCCGAUCUGACGGGCCUGCUCAGUGCCGGUGCUGUUAAAAAGACUGAUGAUGACCCUUUGGACUUCCAACCGCAACAACUUGUAAAUAAAAUAAAGCAGUGUACAGUGCUUGAGGCGGACACAGAUCUGCGAUUAAAAUUCAUCCACGACAGUCACUUGCAGCUCUCUGAUGCUGAUGCUUUGUUAGCUAAUUUAAAAGAUAGAAGUCAUAAAGAUGACGUAGAAAAAGAACUGAACGAGGGUAUAGCGUGUGUAGAACGCUACACGGCGGCGCUACAAAGAGAGAUAGUAGCGCGGGAGGCGCUAUUGGCGCUACUCGCUUCAGCUAACCAAUACUACUCGACGCAGCGCGGCGAAGUCAAAGUUGUCGCUUAUGCGUACAAAAACUUCGGCGGUCGCGUUCGUCUACUAAAACGUAAACUCGACGAGCUCCUACCUACCCUGCCCGCCGGCGCGCCGUCGCCGCCGCAGCGGGACGAGGACGUUCCGUCGCCGGGGCCCGACGAGGACCUGGAGCUGCCCGCGCCCGACCACGAGCCCGACGCAGACAUAUCAUACAACAUUGACCGCACUUUCAACACGUCGGUCGCAGCAGACGGAUCCCUCUACAACCUAGGCCUGUCGUCGUUCCUCAACAACGACAACGCGUUAGCCCUGUUCAACGAGUCAAACGAUACCGGGAUUAAUAGUGCAAACAAAAUAGAAGUGAUAAACAACAGACCCUCAGAGAAACAAGACUUCAAUAUAAACGACUUCCUAAAAACGUUAUUACCGAAUGAGACGAAUACCGUCGCAUCGGAUAACAACUCAGUGGUUUCAGUAGCAAGCGGCACCAUGUCUCAGAAGUCUCAAGACACAUUACCGGGACUGGACCUCCUUACGCCUGAUUCUACUGGGAAUCCCCCGCCACCUACGUCAUUCUAUGGGACCAUGGACCAUAUUGUCAUCGACGAUGCGGAUCAGCCCUACCAACCCGAAACAAGUAGUCCGUGGAAUAGUAGUUCGUGGAUGCCGACGGCGGUCCCGCCGGCAGGCCGCUCGCCGGGCGCGUUAUUCGCCGACACGCCGGAAUCGCCGCCGCCCGCGCCGCCGCCGCGACCGCCGAUCACCUACCCGCCUCUACACCCGAAAGGGCCUCCGCCCGCUGACGUGGACCACAGAGGGAUAUUACCUCCCCCGCCUCCGCCUCCAGUGUUGCCAAUACUUGGUCACAUGGAAGACGUAGAUCAUCGAAUGCUGCCGACGCUGCCGCUGCCGGUGCCAGCGCCUGUGGCGCCACCUCACCACGCGCCCGUGCAAAAAGAUGUGGACCAUAGGAAUCUAAUAUCUCUAACGCACCAACCCGCAAUAAGGCCUCCCAAUCCCGUCCCGAGACCGGUCAAUCCAGUCAUAAAUUUGGAUCAGGAUUACAGAGUGCCGCCGAUGCUGCCUCCGACCGACAUUGUGGAGAGCGUCGAUAUGGACCUCUCGGAGGACGAGGACCAACAAAGUGGCUACCAACAAAAGCCGGAAUUGGCUAGACGACACAGUUUCAACAACAACAAAGUGCUAGUGGGGGGCGACAACGGCAAAACGAACCACAAGGAGCACAACAACCUCAUACAAAUCAACAGCACGGACUACGACAGAAAACCGCACUCCGCGCCCGUUCGUCCAUUAUCCAACCCGUUCGAAAACAUGUCGACUAUCGAAAACUUCAACAUGCCGUUCCAGAAUAACCCCCCGAGAGAACCGGACAGAGAGGAAAACUCGAACGACAGCGCGUACGAGGAAGACUUGCGGAGUCGAGGUAUGGAGAAAGACGUGCGGAAUCCGUCCCCUCCGGUGUUUGAAGAGGGCGAUUGGCAGAAUUCUAGCCCCCGGCCGUUCCUAAACCAACGGUUCCCGCGGAAUUGGGGGCCCCGGACUAACUUCCGGCCCGCGGGCCCCGGCUUCGGGCCGCAAUUCUGGCGCGCGGGGCCCCGGCCGCCGCGGUGGGGCCCACCGCGCCCCCAGCGGUUUUGGUGAUACGUGAUUAGUGAUAUUGUACCUUAUUACGUUUGGCUGUUUUGACUGUAGCUGACGUUUUGUGGAAACAACAUGUUGACAGUGAAUUCGUUUGAUACUCAUUUGAAAAGUAGCACCUCGUGAUAAGUAAAAGGUGUAUUUAGAUACACAGCAAAAGCCAAGAGGCCCGUGUCUCAUAAACUAAAGUCCGGUCGCCGAGCACGUAGAAUUUCGUCCAAUGACCCCAAGCUACCCAUCCUUAUCGCUCG